AUGCCGUGCGUGGAGAACCCCCUCGCGCUCGCUCCAGGUCUGCACUCGUGGGAGCAGACCUUCAUCAAGGACUGCCCCACCAGCCCCUUUGGCGACGUCCGCCCCUUUGACUUCUCUUCCCGCAACUCGACCGCCGCCGCGCACUUCACGCUUGGGCUCAAGGCGCUGCACAACUUCUUCUUUGACCUGUGCAAGUAUGAGUUCGACCAGGCGCGACUCAUCGAGCCGACACUUUUCAUGGCGUACUGGGGCCGCGCCCUCUGCGAGGCACAGCUCGUGUGGAACGGCGAGAAUGUGCCCGCCUCGGUCGAGGUGAUUCGCGCGGCGCAGACGAACCCCGAAUUCCCUGGCAGCAUGAGCGAGCGAGAGCUCGCCUACUUUCAGAGCGUCGUCACGCUGAAUGGCGGGAUGGAGCCGCCGUCCACGCCCGACACCGUCGUGGCCACCCGUCCCGCCCGCAUCGCCGCCUACGGCAAGGCUGUGAGCGCCAUCGCCAAAGCGUAUCCGGAGGAUCAGACGGCACAGUCCUUCCUCGUGGUCGCCGCUCUCGCGCUCGGCUCCGUCGGCGAUUGCGCAAACACCCAGCCGCCUCCCGCCUAUUGCAAAGCGCUGCAGGAGCAGUCGCGGGUCCUCGCCGACCUCGCCCGCGCCUCGAACCCAACCUCGCCGGGCACCCUCCACUAUGGCAUGCACGCACACGACUUUCCGAACAGGUCUGCGUACACCGGUGGGCGCAAGUACGCUAUCGCGUACCCCAAGUACGUGACGGAGCAGACGCACAGCCUCCACAUGCCUUCGCACAUCUGGGACCGCAUCGGUGCGUGGGCAAACGCCUCGGCCGCAAACGAGGCGUCGGUGGCGGCCGCAGAUGCCUUCGCCGCCUCGGGGGCGCUGGAGCAGCUUGGCUCGCACGGCUAUGCCUUCGACUCGGGCAACGUGUACCAUUCGCUCGAGUAUCAGCAGUACGAGUUGCUGCAAGGUUGUCACAUGCGCAAGGCGCGGAUGCUGUGGUCGCGCAUGGGUUACGCCGCCGCGCAGGCCAUGUUUGCGCCGCGCGCGUGGUCGCAGUCGAAAGGCUCGCCCGACCGGUCGCCGCAGACGCUGCACGAGCUGGCCUUCCAAGGUGUGGUUGGCACCUCGUGGUACAAUGCGACGACCUUCAUGCAGUGGGAGUACCGGAUGGCUGCGCGGCAGGCGGUGUGGAGCCUGCUCACCGAAUGGCUCGGCGGUGCCGCCUCCUCUCCCGACGCCACCUCGGACUGGCGCGGCUUCCACCCGCGCAGCAUGCCCAACCCAUUGGCGUGGCAGGGUCAGACGGUCUACAUCCACUCCUUCUUCUCGGCCGAGGCAGAGGCGGCCCUCAACGCGGCGCACGCUGUCGCGUCGCUCUACGACAACAUCGUCGCCAGCGGCGGUCCGGCCAUCGCCCACCACGAAGGCGAUCCCACAUCGCCGCAAGACUUGGGCAGCCACGGCCGCGGCGCUCUGUCCUUCACGCCGCUCGAGCACGAGACGCGCGGCGGCUUCACGACGAAGCCAUGCGAUUCGGCCUCGGGCUGUAUCUCCGAGCGUGUCGCCGCGUCGCUGCACGUGCUCGAGCGGGCGCGUGAGCACUGCGCCAGCGUGGGACGGGUCCACGAGGGCGCGGGCGUGCGCGCUCUCGAGCUGCAGGUGCGCGCCCUCAUGGCGCUCGCGCAGAACAACGGCAGCGGGGCGCUCGACCUGCUCGGUGAGGCGGCGGCCGUGGAGGAGAAGAUGCAGAGCUCGCUGGUGCCGAGCUCGAUCACCCUCUUCUACCUCCCGUCAACUGCCAUUGAAGGCACGAUCCGACUCGCGCUGCUCCGCUCGGGCCAGCGAGCCCAGCUGGUGAAAUGUGAGAACACGCCCGCGAUGGCCGUGCGCGCCUUCUCGCGCUGCCUCGAGCCCCUCAUCCACCCGCGAAUGCCACUCUGUCUGCUCGGCCGCGCCCGCGCGUUCCGGCGCGUGGGCAACGCCACAGCCGCAGCUCGCGACUAUCGCCAACUGCUGAGCGACGGCGAGUGGGAUGGCGCCGACAAGGAAUCUGGGCUGAACGUCUCGCUUCUAGCGGCUGCCAUGUACUUGUGCGUCGCCGCGGCGUUGGGCGCCGUGUGCGGCGGUGCGGUGGUCUCCGCCCACCACCAACGAGCGGAGCGCGCGCAGGGCAACAACAAGAUGGGCUAUGCGCCGCCACCCGUUCACGUGCCGGUGGAAGUGGAAGUGGAAGUGGAAGGGCAUGCCCACUAG